AUGCUGCCAAAAUCAAGUUACUUUUUGAUAUUUGUACUGCUGGUAAUUUUUUUCACCGCAGGAUUCUUACCACCCAAACGUAGACCGAUUCUUUACAAUCGAUUGACGUUCAACUACACCGAAGAAAGCACCUCCUGGUAUUGUGACGAUGUGUUCUUCAGUGUAUUGAAACGGCACAUCAGUACUUAUGCGGAUGCUGAAAUCUCCGAAGAUCACAGUUUUUUGCAUAACAUGAGUUCCACCGAACCGGCCAAUAUUAGUUUCCAUCUGUUCACUCGGCAAAAUCCUACCACUAGCCAACGAUUAGUUCCGACGUUGGAAUCGGUUAAUGGUUCCUUCUUUAAUGUUUCCCGACCAACACGGGUGAUCGUGCAUGGAUUCUGCAACUGCCAGCACUCCCACUUCUGCCAGAGUGUCAAGGAUGCUCUACUGUUUGCGAAUGAUCUCAACAUUAUUUCCAUCGAUUGGAGUGAUACGGCUGGUUUGCUGGAUUAUAUUCUGCUAAGAUUGAGAUUGGACCAAGUUGCUGCAUCACUAGCGAACUUUGUGGACUUUCUACACAACUCGACAAACCUUGAUCUAAGGCAAGUACAUCUGAUUGGCCAUAGUAUGGGAGCGCAUCUUGCUGGCCUGAGUGGGAAGCGAGUUACCACCGGGCGUGUGGGAGCAAUAGUUGGUCUCGAUCCAGCCGGACCACUUUUUUCCAGUAAGGAUCCCAGAACACGGUUAGAUAGUACCGAUGCGGAAUACGUGGAAGUGAUACACACCAACGGUGGCACUCUGGGAAUCUACGAUCCGAUUGGCACAGCUGAUUUCUAUCCAAACGGAGGCAAACAUCAACCCGGAUGUUUGCCAUGGAUUUUCGGAAUGUCCUGUUCACAUGGUCGAGCAUGGGAGUUGUAUGCAGAGUCAGUCUACACUCCGAUUGGUUUUAAAGCCGUACCCUGUGAGAGCAUUCAAGAAAUCGAAGGAAGUGUGUGCCGAAUCGAUCUUCCUAAAGUGAAUAUGGGUGGUGAACCUGUGAAUGUAACAAAAUCAGGUCUUUACGUCCUUUCGACCAACAAUCGGUUCCCGUAUGCCAGGGGAUAG